AUGAAUUAUAACUCCCACAACUUACCGAACUAUGAUAUAGUAGAUGCGAAACGGGCCUCGGUGAAAAGAGCACGUAGGAGUAACCGUUGGAGUGCCAUAAAUGACCAGAAAUUAGGGAAGUACCAAGGGGGGGGGGGGGGGGGGGGGGGAUGGGGGGGGGGGGGGGGGGGGGGGGGGGGGGGGGGGGGGGGGGGGGGGGGGGGGGGGGGGAGGGGGGGGGGGGGGGGGAAAAAGAGUGUUGGAGGGGGGGGAGAAAAAUUAAAAUUAAUAUAUAAUUGGGGGGGGGGGGGGGGGGGGGGGGGGGGGGGGGGGGGGGGGGGAAUUUUAAGUUGGGGGGGUUUUCUUGUUUUGAUAUGGUUUGUUAUAUUUAUGGGGAAAUUUGUAGGGGAUUAG